GUAGUUACGUGAAAUACAGGAGUUUGCAGAUUUAUUUCACAUUGUACAAAUAUUGUCAUUUUAAAACAAUCCCAGCACCUACAGAAGUCCACCUAUUUAUUUUCGUACUAGGGUGCGUUUUUGUCAGUGAGCAGUUCUCGCGCUCCUCCUAGUGGACGUGGAAUUGUACGGAAUUCCCGACCCGACAGGCAGCAGCUAGUGCGCAUGCGCGGACGAAAACUCCAUGAUUUUUUUGGCACGGGAUCCUAAGGAAAAAUAGGAACUUGGAAACGGAGAUAAACUAAAAGCGGCCUCACAAAGGCAUAAUCAGCCCCUCGCUCGCAUACGCACCCAGAAAAGACGCUUAGGAGGGCGCCGAAGCUUUGAAUGAAGCGAUCGCACGCUCCGCGGCCGAGCAGGAUUCACGCGAAAUUGGACGACAAUGCACGGGGCGCAAUAAAACCAAGCGUUAUUGCUCUUUGUUUUUAAGCAGGACGGCUCGGAUGGUGCGCGGGGAUGAAGACGCGGGGAAGUGGCUAAAAAUCACACGGCGUUCAUAACAGCUCCUGCAACGGCGACAUUUGCGACUCAAGUCCGUCGAGACGCUUGUUCAGUCUUUCGCCUGUGUUGUGCAGCGCGCCGAAGAAGCAGGAAACUUCGUAAACACAGAGAUUGUCAGCUUCUGGAGAGUUUUGUAGAAGCAUCCCAGUCCAUUUGAGAGGAGCAGAGAGGAUUGUGUGUCAAGACAGAUUUGUUGUUGUAUUGCUUUGUGCUUCGUUAAUGCUGCGUAAAUGUCCUCCAAAGAGUGUAUUUCACGAUUGGUGCUGACCAAGGCUGUAUAAAAAUGAAAAGGAGCUGGAUGUGUGUGAGCAGAAAAUGACGGGGGGCAGUGAGAGUGCAGCAGGAGAAAAAGAUGGAGGUACGACGCUCAUCGCUCAGAUCCCGGUUGGCUGGCAGAGGAAGGUGGAAGAUGGAGCUGUGUCUUACAUCAGCCCAAGUGGUACUGUCCUUCGAUCUGUGGAUGAGGUGAGGGUGUAUCUGCGGACAGAUGGCACAUGUAAAUGUGGUCUCGAGUGCCCGCUAGUCCCAAAUAAGGUCUUUAAUUUUGACCCUGCUGCGAUGGUCCGAGCUCCUGGUCAUCUGUCAGGGAAAAUAGAGGAAGACAUGACCAAACUCUGUAAUCAUCGCAGGAAAGUUGAUGCCAUGACGGCAUUAUGCCAAAGCAUGCAGCCCUCCCAUCUUCCCUCGCCAGCUCAAGCCACAGGAGGUGUUAUAUACUCAGUGGACGGCAGAGAGCCGAGAGGAUCAAUGGUGGCUCAUGGAGAUGGCGUCCACUGCACUUACCCUCAGCCGAGACACAACCAACCCAAAUCCAACAUUGGUUUUCCUCUGUCAUCUCCUUGCUCUGUUGUGCAAAACGGUUCUGUUAGCCUCGCCCAAAUUUCACGGCCUCCAGAACAGGGUUCGCCUUUAAAGAAACCCCAAACGCCAGUGGGCUGCAUGCCUGGUUACGCGAAACAGCAGUGGAGCCCUCAUCCACCGCUUUCCCAAAACAUCCCCCAAAGGACAGCACACAACCCCACUUCCCCUAACAGUGUAAAACCAAGUGUACACACGCAUAUACAUCCUCCAGACCCCUCCAACUCCUUUUCCUUAUCCCCCUCUUCAUCCUUAACUCUAAGUGUUCGAGGAGCUCCGCCAAACUCCCAGGGAGCGAGUGUCAAGUCGCCCUCUCCUCUGUCACCUUUGGACACUUUCUCACCCCGCCAACGCUCUCGCCAUUCUUCGACAUCCUCGCUCUCAGAGCACGGGGCCCAUGGGUCCGUCUUCAUUCAGGGAGGCAAACCGUUGCAACCCACCAUGCCGUGCUCCUCUCCCAAGCUUCCUCUUGCGCCUUCCAGCCCUUGUAGUCGCUUGGAGGGCAUUCUGCAGCACUACAAAGACUGUAGCACGAGCUCCAGUGCUAACCAAAGCAACCAUCAGAUGUCACAAGCCCUGUCGUUGGUGCAUCCCAAUGCAGGCGAGAAGAGGAAUGGAGUGAGUUCUGCUCAAGCCCCAGGACUGCUUGGCCUUCCACUAGGGCAGAUUCUCAACCAACAGAAGAGCCAGCAAAAGGGCCACAUCAAUAACUCUUUCCCGGCCAGCAGCCUCCUUUCUGCGGCCGCUAAAGCCCAGCUGGCCAACCAGAAAACCCAGCUCAAUGCAGCCGAUGCGCUGACAGCACUCCCUCUUACGGGCUUGGACAAGGAGCAUCAGUCAAAGGUAUUGAUUAGCACUUUAAACAGUAGCGUCCACCCCACUUCCGCCAGAGCACAGUCCCUCACCGCCCUUUUGCUUCCGCACUCCCCUUCCCUUUCCCCGGCUUCCCCUGCUGUCGCGGAGAAAAACGUUAGGCGCAAACGGCAGAGGCGCUCGCCCACCGUUUUGAGCAUGCUCAAAGACUCGCAGUUAGUUCGGACCUCAGGAGAUCUCUCCGGGCCGCCUCUGCUCAUCUCCCCAUGCCUUUCGCCAACUUCUCCUCCCGUACCUCAUUUAGACAACCACCGGUUGCCCGUCGCUCCUCCGAAUGCCUCCAGGUUGCAGGAUUCGGAGGAAGGCAGGAAGCCAGGAUUUGUUCAUUCCCUCCCAUCUCCAUCCCAGCCCCUUUCCGCCCUGCUUCAGCUUCUUAGCAUGCAAAAUGCAACCCAGCAAUCCGGCGUUGCCACUGCCAUGCCUGGCAACAGGCACACAAACCCAUUGCCCUCUUCACCCAGACCCAUCACUCCACAGACGCUCCAAUGCGACAUGCAGUCCACAUUACGUUUACCCAACCACACCCUGCAACCUCAACCCCAAAGCACAGUGCCCAUGCCAGAAUCUCCUAUCCAGCGACCCCCAUCCCAACCCUUUCCUUUGAUGGGUGAUGAGACAACCAUGAACCUCAAAACAACCUCCAGCAGCACCAUCCUGAACUUGAGCCAGACGACACCGGACCUCAACAGUUCAAUUCUGAGCAUGAUGAACCACAUGUCCUCAACAUGCUUGCCCUCAUUCCUGGAGAAAGGUUGUGGACCCAAAACAACAGAGACUUGUCUUGACCACAGUACCUACCAAAUUAACCAGUCAAACCACAACCAAGCCGUGGAAAGUAAAGGUCCUGUAGAGUCGAUGGAUCAGUCGGACUCGGAUGCAAGGUUACUGGGUGGCUGUGAGCCGGACCACAGCCUCUCUCUGCCCAACGCCCCCUCUUCUGACCUUUCUAACCCUACAAACGACCCCGCUGUUUCCUUGCCGCUUGCAGAGGCUUUUCCCUUCAUGUCUCAAGAACAGCUCCUCCAGCUUCUCUCCUCCAAUGCCGGUCUGCCUUCCCUGCUCCCGCCCUUUCUUGGCUCCCUGCCUUUAGGGGUCUGGACGAGCAGCCAACCUUCGGUGCCCGGCGGUGCCCAAGCCCAGCCGACCAGUGCCAUCCUAAACCAGGGCUCGCCUCUCAACAUCCUAAACCAGGGCGAGCUUCCUCUCAACCUCGUGAGCCUGUUAAAUCCGCCCGGUUCUGCUGCAGCUGAAGCAGGGGUGGAAGCUGGUGAAAAAAACCCAGGGCUUCAAGCCCUCCUCAUGGCUUCAUUGCUGCUUGGCCAGAAUCCGGCUGCCAUGUUGCCACUACCAGCGCUCAACCUGGAGCUUCCUACACUGCAGCAGGUCUUCGCGGACGGAGCAUCCCUGGAAAAGACCCCCGCUCUGCUGGACUCGGUCCUGAUGGGGCCAGGGCUCCUGGAGGCUCUACAAACUCUAGCGCCCAGCGCAGACGGCCAGUCGCUGCUUCUUUCCACCCCUCUCACUCCACCCCCUCAUGCCUUUCUGUCGCUCAACCCCGCUCUGCUGACCGCAGCUCUCGCCCAGACCGAACCCCUACCCAACCACACUCCACCCCCCCCGCCUCAUUCUCAGGGGACUCUGUCCAGCCCAGCUCUAGUUUCUACCUCGGUGUCCUGCGGCCCUCUGGUGUCCAGCACGGGGCCGGAAGUGUGUGACCCUCUGGCCGAGCAGGACAAGAACAACACCCAUACACCUCAAUUCCUGCCACCUCUGCUCGCCCCUGGGGUUCUUGGUGAGCUCACAGCUCUGGGUAACAUCAGCAGUCUUCACGGUUUAUUAGGAGCCGGAUCUCUUCUGCUGCCGCAGGGCCCGUCUCUGAGCGUCCCGCUGACACAGAACCAGACCGCGCUCAACCCGCUCGCCUGCCUGCAGCUGACGAUGGCGCCGGCGCUCAUGGGAGAGAAGCCCGUGGCUCUACACGAGACGCCUCCGUCACAAGAUCAGCUUCCCUCGGCUUCGAUAUCCCAGGGUUCCCUGCUCAACCCGGUCCAGACGCCGGUGCAGCAGAGAGAGACGUCCACGGGCUCCGGUCCGGGGCUGUUUGACCCAUACGGCUCCUUCAUGGACACCAUCUACACCUCCUUCCUGCAGGUGAGCGAGCGCGAUUCGUACCCUGAGCUGCCUCCACCCCUCAGCCCGCGUCGCGCCUGCUCCGUCCACAACCCGGACCUGACCCGCCUCGGCUUGGACACGGCCCAGUCCCAGUCUCCGGCCCGAGGGACGCCUAAACCCAGCGAGGACCCGUCGACGCCGCCGCCCUGCGACGCCCCGCUGGAGGAGGCCAAGACCGACGGCUCGGCCACAGCGUGCGUCUACAGCAACGGGGUCGGCUCCGCAGCGGAGGGACGAGGAGGCGAGGAGGAGGAGGACGAGGAGGAGGCGAAGGCCGCAGGGAUAUUUGAGUCCGGGUGAGCGGCUCAGAGACGCAGCCGAGGACAUCAGAGACGCAGAGCAAGUCCGGGCUGAAGACGUGCACACAGGAGCCAGAAGGGGGCGCAAGAGGAAGCAGACGCUGCAGAGAGGAGCGGACUUGCUGGGCGGCAUCGACAGCAUCAUUGAGGAACCAACG